UGCAGUCAUAUCAAUCAGACGUAUAUUGGUGAUUCUUAAACCUCUUCCUAGUCACUCCUCCAAGGUUUACUCCUCCUCCAACAGCUACUCCAAAGCCUCCAACAAGAGCAGCUCCUCCAAAUAAGUUUGUUCUCCACAGUACCACAAAAGGAUUGUCUACGACAUGGCAAGGGUUCACCAACUGACGUCGGUGCUGGCGGUGGUGGUGAUGCUGUUCGUGGUGGUGGAGGCUGGUAACCGUGGCUACAACGGCUACUACGUCCAAGGCGGUCGUACCCAGCUGUGCCCGACCACGGUGAAGCAAAUCACUACCACGGAAACUGUGACCGAGACGACGACGGCGACGAAGACUGUGACAGCGACGGUGAAGGAGACGGUGAAGGAGACGGUAACAGCGACGGUGACGGUGGUGAGGAACGGAGCAGGUUAUGGAGGUAACAGUGGUGGGCGACUCCAGUAUGGAUACAAGGGUUAAGUCUCCCCCUCCACUAAUACCCAGUUUCUCCCGUCACUUCCACACUCAUCCACACCACCUCCACCUGCGUCAACCUCGAACUCCACUCGAUUCUGUCUCUUCCUCCACGGGUGAUACUUCUCAGGGGUUAGUUUUGUCUGAUGAGUUGUUUUGUCCAAGGGGUAGUUCUGUCCAAGGGGUAGUUCUGUCCAAGGGGUAGUUCUGUCCAAGGGGUAGUUCUGUCCAAGGGGUAGUUCUGUCCAAGGGGUAGUUCUGUCCAAGGGGUAGUUCUGUCCAAGGGGUAGUUCUGUCCAAGGGGUAGUUCUGUCCAGCAUGAUAGUAGUUCUCUCCAGUGUGGUAGUUCUGUCCUUUCCUAUGUUACAUUUGUAUGCUUUGUAUACUGUAGACAGGCAUGUAAGCUUUGUAAACAGUAGAUAGAAGUAAGCUUUGUAAACAGUAAGCAGAAGUAAGCUUUGUAAACAGUGAGCAGAAGUAAGCUUUGUAAACAGUAAACAGAAUUAAGCUUUGUAAACAAUAGAGAAGAAAUAACGUCUCUUUACAUGUAGAGAUAAAUUGUAUCCACUUGUUAUUGUGUUAAUGAGUAAUAAAGUAAUACAAUAAUU